GGCCUUUUACCAUAUAGUCACGGCAUCCAGUUUACAAUUUGUUCUUAUUUAAAACGAUUUACUACAGAAUAAGAACAAAUUGUCUCUUAGAUUAGAUAAUGCUCCGUAUAAAAUUAUCCACAAUAUUCAUUAUAAAAUAUAUUAUAUUCGAAGGUGUUAUGGAAAUUAUGAACUUAAAAUUUUAUUCAAUAGAACAUUGACCAGAGAAGUUACAGUGAAAAAGAAGAUUUUAUUUACGAUUUACUAUACAUAACCUAUUAAUUCUAAAUAUAAAAUAUAGUUGAUUCUGAAGAAGAAAAUAAAAUGAUAACUUACGAAAUAUUAAUGUUAUUGAGAGUUAUGCCCAAGCCAGAGUUAAAAACAGUACUAAAAAGGACAGCAGGAGCUAUUUUGGAAAAAGGUGGAAUAAUUAGAAAAUUGGAAAAUUUAGGAACUAGGGACAUGCCAUACAAAACCAGUGUACAUGGAGUGAACUAUAAAAAGGCCAGUUACUUCUUAUAUGAGUGCAACAUUCCUCCUAGUACAAUAGAAUCUCUAUUAGAUGAAUAUGGUAGAGAUGUAGACGUAAUCAGAAGGCAACUAUACAGAAAAAAUCAGCCCACAUCUAGUGAAUGUACUUUAGACGAAGAAUUGUUACCUCCACCUUAUAGAAAAGAUGUGCAAGAUCUUAUUGAGCAAGCAAGAAAACAUGAUAAACCAAAGUUCAAAUAUAAUACAGGAUUAGAUUAUUAUCCUUUCCAAAAGUAGUGAUUUAUUUAUAAGUGAACAAUAAAGUAGACCUUAAUAUAA